AUGCUAGUGGCACUGCGUCUAUUGCGUUGCUCUUCGAUCCCGAGAUCGGCAACCUAUGUUAGAUCCAAACUUUUGUUCUCCACCAGUAAUGUACGAUUCAAGGAUGAUGAUUCGGAUGGACAUCUGUUUCAAAAAGAACAAGUAUUAUUAGGUUCAUCUCUCAAGAGGUCUGAAUCGAAAAAUAAUACCACAACCGAGAUAUCCAAACUCACAGUGUCGUCUCAAGAUCAAGCAUCUCCAGCAUAUCCACAUAUGCUUGAUCAAGAAGUUCAACGAACGAUGGAGAAGAUAAACUCUAUGACUCCACAAGAGCUUAAAUAUCAGAAGUUUCUUGAUGGAGACAAGCCUUUCUUAUCGGUAGAACCAGAGGGAUUACAAAUACGAAAAAACCUUAUCCAGGAUCUCCCUGCUACCAUUGAGUUAAGAAUACAAGCUGACAAGGAAAACAAGGGUUCAUCGAAAUACCUGACUGACACAUUAGAGGGGAUUCAAAAAAUAUAUAAAGAUUUGGAGAAACUUGACACUGAUGAAGCAGUCCAUAAUAAAUAUUACGAAAGAUUUGGAUUACCGGUUAAUGAUCUCGUGAACGAUAUUACACAAGGAAUAAACGGUAUCAACGAUAAAUUCAAGCUGUUGAGAAGAUGGGAAGACCUGCUGUUACCAUUAUCCCCUCAACAAUUCAGAUUGGAAAUUAAUCCAUUUAGAAUGCCAUAUAAUGUUCCUGGCUAUGAUGUUUCACUUUCUGGAAUACCAUUAAGAUGGGGAAAACAAAGAGAAACUAAACAAGAACUCCCAGUGGAGCUUGUAAAAGAUUUAAAGAUGUAUGAGACCACAGUGCCAGUUCAUAAGAGAGACUUGGACUUUGAGACUGAUAGAGACAAACAACUCAAUUCUUCAAAUGAUUCAAUAACUAUCCAUCCUGAUAUCGAUACUCGUGCGAUUAUUGAAAAGGUUGAAUUUCGGGAGAAAUGUAUCGAAGUACAGAGUCUUGAUGAUUAUAAACCAUUUCCUACCAGAUCUAAUAAGACUGUAGAUGUAACUUCGAACUUAAUAUCUGCCUUGAGAAGAAGAUUGGGAAGUGAAAUUCUGCGUGAAUAUAGUGGAGUUCUCAUGCUUCCAGACAUUCCUCUCAAGAGCAACCAAUUUCAAAUAUUUGAGAAGAAGAAGCCUAAAAUACUAUACUUAUGGAAUGAAUCAGGUUCUACUGAAAUCAGUUUGCCAAUUCAACUCCACAGUUUGAGCUCAUUCCCACUUAGCACAUACAACAUCAAAACCAAGAAAGAGAGACUCUUUCUAAGAAUGCAUUUAUUCAAAUUGUUCAUGAUUAAUUUGGAAGAACAUAUUGAUAUCUUGAUUAGACUCAAAUAUAAAACAGAGAAACGUAAGAACGAUUUCUUAAAGAAAUUGGCACGUCGUAUAUAUCAUCUCAUUGAUUCUCAACUCAUAGAUACAGUCAUCCGAUCAACUACAGUGCCACUGGAGAAACUUGACGGUGCUGGUGCACUUUUGUACAAGCCAUUCAAGAAUGGCUCUUUUAAACGGUUAAUAUGGACAAGGAACGGUUGGGGUCUGUUAAAACACCAUCAACGGAGUAAGAUGCCGUCAAUUCAAGUAAAAAUUUUAGACUUGGAAAAAGUUGUGUUAUCAGAUUAA